ACAGUCGCUUUUUCAGUCAACGGUACAAGAUAUCCACCAGUUGCAUCAUGGACUAAUCUCCCAUCAAAACUUUAUUUUGUUGCUUCAAUCAUCACUCCGGGAAAAUUUAGGAUUUUACGAUCAGAUUAA